GUCGAACUGACAUUGUUCGGUGAAUUUGAUUGGGCACGGUUGACGUCACGCACAUGUAACCGACCCGACAAGUUCAGUAGUCAGACAGAACUUCGGACAAGUGCAGGGUAAGGUUUCAUUCAUGUGUAGUAUUCGUGAGUGAACACUCUCCCAGAUGUCGUCCCGCAAUGUUUAUGAUCCUUAAACAGAGGAGCAGUGAUUGUUUUCGAGGAAUUCUGGAGUUACAAUGGGUUGCAACAAUACCAAAAAGUUACCGGAGGACGAGGAGCACACAAAGACGAGUAAAUUAUACGAUGUUCCGUCACGUGAAUUUUGCCCUCCUCCAAGAGUGAACAAUGAAGUAGGUAAAAACGCGGAGAAGAAACCCAAGAAAGGUCGUGUUAUUCAAGGGAGAUUCAGAUUUGAUCCUAUCGUGACCGAAAAUUAUGACAUCAAGGCCCUCAUUGGCAGGGGAUCUUUUAGUCGGGUUGUUCGAGUGGAACAUAAAGUUACAAAAGAACCCUAUGCGCUAAAGAUGAUCAAAAUAGAAGGGGGAAAAGACACGCUGGAAUCCGAAGUGGCUGUCUUGCGUAAAGUAAACCAUAAGUAUAUCGUCAAGUUGUUUGAAGUCUUUCAGUGUGCAGAAAGGGUUUAUUUAGUAAUGGAGCUAGCGACCGGAGGCGAACUGUUUGAACGAAUAGUCUCGAGAGGUUCCUUUACGGAGAAAGAUGCCACUGAGGUGCUGUGCAUGGUGCUUGAAGGAGUCCGCUAUCUUCACUCGCUCGGCAUAACUCACCGAGACCUCAAACCGGAGAACUUAUUGUACUAUCACCCAGGUCCCGACUCUAGAAUUUUGAUAACAGAUUUUGGGUUAUCGAAAACCCGGCAGAAUGCAAAGAACGAGACAAUGGAUACAACUUGUGGAACGCCGGAAUAUAUCGCCCCCGAGAUUCUCUUGAGACAACCGUACACAAACGCGGUGGACAUGUGGUCAAUUGGUGUUAUCACACACGUACUUCUUAGCGGACAAAUGCCAUUUGCGGAUGAAAACCGAAGGAGAUUGUACAAGGCUAUUUUGGAUGCGAGAUAUAGCUAUAGCGGCGAGGUGAGUUAACUUAGACCAACUUACCCAAAGUUAUAUGUUUAUAUUUGUCUGUUAACGAAACUUCGACGAUUCACUUUGCGGGACUAGCCAGCUCGGAUGUAAUCAUAUUAAUUGAUUAUACUCUUUACUACUUUAUUUUUUGUGGAAUACGAAAACUCAGCAAGAGGAAUAUCGUGAGAAUUUGCUCAGUCGAGACUCGACGGUAUCAGUUAACGCAUGUUUGGAAAUGUCGACGGCAAAAUGAAGAUGCCUAUCAGUUACAUUCCGAGUGCAAGUAUUCGCAUAUAUUUUGUUUAUUAAGAGAAAAACUUAAAUGAAUUUUUUGCGUUAUAUUGUAAGCACUGCUUGUUCCAAGAAACUUUCAUGGUGUGCGACUGUUUCUCGACCUAAGAAAAUCGGUAUUAUCUAGGGCGCCUGUACAGGAACGUUUUCUCUUUCGUUACAUAGCUAAAAUAAUUGCGGAAGAUCGACCUACUUAACCUUCCUCGAAUGAGAUCACUUUCAUCACAUAAUGGUUUUAUUGAAGAAGGCAAAUUAUCUACUAAGCUCUUCGUUUGCAAAUUUGUAUAUCAAAUCUAUGGUGAUUCAAGGAGGAAAAAAUAGAAAACUAUUGUCUGUGUUCAAGGUGCGAACUUCAUUGUUUGACUCAUUACGGUCUGGAAUGUUCGGUCUUGUCCUUUCUCCAAGGGACGAAUCAUUUUAUAACAACUAGUUUCUUUGGCAACAUCGGAGGGGAAAGAAUCAAUUCAUUUUAACAAUCAGUUAUAACAAUACACAUGAUCACUGACGUAGUUUGAGUUUGAAACCCUUGACUAAUGAUUGUCAUGGUCGGAUGUUGUGUAUAGUAAAACAGUACGAAAUUUCCUGUCAUUAUUUUUGGGGUAUCACCCCUUUGUGCUGGGCUUUGAUAGAUAAGCCAUCGCCGCUAGUCGUAAAUGUUAUUCUUGGACGUCUACGCUCUGCGCACUGUAUGAUCUUGAAGCGGCGGGUUUAUCUUAUUUGGGUGGGCUCAUAGUCGGGACAGCAUUCCUCAGAAAUUUCUAGUGAUCAAAAGGUGUUUUUGUUGACGUUUAUCCCAACGCAUAUACCGCGGCAUUGUUUUCUUAACAGUUAUUCGUAAUCAUUUGUUGUGAUUUGCUGUCAAAUACCUUAUAGUGGCAGUGGACCAUUUCUUCACAAGCGGCUGAAUGACCAUGAAACGAUCAGGCUUUAGUUUCUAUAAAUUCGUGCCCAACACUUUGAUAGGAGUUAAAAGCCUUUCAUGUACCAAACAAAGAUUAAAUUUCCUCAAAACGGGGCUGAAUGUUAGUUUUGAAAUUUUGGCUGAAAACCAAAAGCUAUUUUUAGUGACAUUUUUUGUUUUGACAAAUUACACUCUAAUCCUUAUACAAUAAACAAUUCUGUGACAAGUGUCAUGUAUUGUAGUUCAGUGUUACAUGUCUAAGAACACUGUUUCCUUCAUGUUAUGGCACAUAAAAAAUCUUCCCUUGUCCUAUAUACAAUUCCCCCAUUUUUUCUAAUGAGUACGUUGGAGAUCAAGCGUCAUGUUAACAAGAAAUGGAGAUUAACAUAAAGUUGCAGUUAGUUCAUUUUGAUCAAGGUGAAUGCUGUCCCCUUCACCUUGAAAGGGCAAAUGGGGUACAUAACAAAUGGCAGCAAAAAGGGUCACAAUCCUCUCUGCCUUUGGUUGCUAAGGUGAUUUCACGUCUACAACCUUUAGCGCAAACAAUAAGGUUACUGCUUCAGUCUGAGUAAACGUUGAUUAUUAUUUGGGCAUCGCCCAAAUAGAUUAAUAGAGUUUGCUUGUUUUGAUUCAAAGUUGCAAUAGGUAUGCAAUAUGUGCGAACGUAAACAAUCCAAGUAAACAAGCCAAGCAAUGCGAGUGUCUGCCAUGCACGCUAUGUCACAACACAGUAUUUACCGUCUUCACAUACGACUCACAGAUAACCCACGGCAAACAAAUUGCAAUAGAAAACAAACUUUUUGGAAAAACAAGGUACACUAAGUGAAACAAAGUAUUAAAUAAUUUAAAUUUUCCCUUCAGAAAAUAAUUGUCCUCGCUGCACACAGUGUGAAUGGUUUGGCUUAUUGCCAAGAUUUUGACAAUAUUUUUGCUCUCAGUUGUCGAGCGCCAAAGAAGACGACGCGCAUAAUUCCAUGAUCUCGUGCAUGAGAUAAUUAAUUGAAUGAUGCAUAAUUUCAUUGCAAAUUUUUGGUAAGGAGGUGAUUUCUUAAAGUCUUAUUGAGCAAAAUGACCUCGUAAACAAGUUGUAUUCUGUCACAGUCGAACUGGAAUAGGGGCAGAGUCGAACAUCUUCACCUGCAAACUGCGUUCUAUUUUUAAAUCUCUAAGGUUAAUUAGAUUAAGUCAUAGUCCCUCAUACACAAGCCACAAAGCUGCAAAUUCCAAAGUUUUCAUGUGCAAACUGCGCGACAAUACAAAUCACAGUAAGGGCCUGAUCACGAGCUCGAAAGCAAUGUGCAUGAGCAGUGUGUUACCUGCUGUCAUGUUUCUUGCUUGGUUCAUUCGCUGGGCUGCCCCACAAGCGUGAUUACCUGGAAAAUUUCCACGCGGGAUCCUAGCAUCACAAUACAGGGAUCCCAGCUAACUGGGCUGGCUUGGUUGUCAUAUAAUCGCAAAGCUGGUUUUUGUUGCAUUUAACGAAGGUGCCAGGAUCUCCGCAAAGCGAGCCAGCCCGGCUCAUGUAAUCAGGCUCUUGAGGUUAACCCUAUACAAAUGUGCCGUUAUGUUUGUCUUCAGCUGUAAUUUUUAUUUGAAAUUGGACUAUUUUUUCAUCAUAAAUAGUUCAAUGCUUGCACUGUAUUAGUUUGUGGUUGUUGUUGCACCUGGACACAUCUAGGAUAAAAUGAGUUAGACCAAGAUUUCCUGAAGAAAAUUAAAUACAAUUAAAAUUUUCUUGCUAAUAUCAGAUGAUUAAUUUAAUAUAUUUACAAUUUUAAUCCUAAUUCAAGUAAUAAUAUUUUUUCUUUAAUCACAAAGGUAAACAUUUUUAUGAGUCAAUAGAAGUAAAUAACACUAAGUCACUUAACGAAGUUUAGUCACCCUUUUUCAUGGCCCUCUUCAGUUAUUUCUGCCUUGUCCUUCUUAAAGCAGUUGGACCAUAGUGAAAGGCCUAGACCUUGGGCUGAAUAUUUUCCUUGAUUUACAGUAUUAAGAGAGGGUUAUCUAUUGUAGGAAUAUUUAAAAGAGUAUCUUCUGUCAUUAACACAAUGUAUUUACCUUUUCCAUUGAAAUACGUAUGUAGUCUUACCUGUUAUACAACAUAGAGUCAAAUCUUCUUGUGUGGCCACAUCCCAUAACUGCCAUAAUCAACCAUUCAUCUAAUGCACCAAAAUUUUCCCACUCAAAUAUUAUAGUUGGACCCUCUUGUAAAUGAUCGCCUCUCAUAAAUAGCUGCAACCACAUCUGGGGAGAUAAAAAUUUCCAUUGUUUUUAACCUCUUGUAAGAGACCAUUUGACGCACAGGGUGAUCCCUAUGUUUGUUGUAUGUACUACGCUACUAAGAGUAUAAUGCAUGAUGUUCUCCCUUUCUUUCUUUUUUUUUUAACAGUUUAUUUACAGUGUACCAAACUUAAAAAUGCUAUACAAUGUAUGACACGUGAAGAAAAAAUAAGGAGAAAAAGAAAACAACUAUAAUUCAAUCGUGAAUUUAAUUCAUAUUUACAUGUUGCAAAUUACUAAUAUCAUAAAGAUACUGGACAAAAUCUAGUCGGGUUAAUGAGCCACUUCCGAGUUCCAAAAACCCUCACUUUCAAAAUGAGUCCAAGUGCACAACCUUUCCUGUGAAAGUGAGUUUUAUUUGCAAGAGAAUGAAAAAUCAUUUCAUAUCAAAGGCUGAGCACUUAACCUCGUUUUGAUACAAAGGCCCAGGGGAACUCGGAAAUGGCCUAUUUUAAAAUUUCGAAAAGCAGUUACGUAAACAUCAUGUGCAAGUUAGCAUCACAGUGUUGAUUAAUUCAUGUUACUUCUUAGUUUGGUUUCUUUUAAACCACAACUAGGCCAUGUGGUUGGUAUAUUGGCCCCUGAGCACAUCUGCAAAGUUCAUUUUGUUUGACAGAGUAUCAUCUUAUCAACUCACGGUUCAGCUUUAAGGUUAUCAUUUCUUGCUUCUUUUCCUUUGUUUUUGCAAUCCAUGCUGUUAAUUUUUUAUGUCCCAAAGUUGUAAAAAAGGCUGGCAACUCCUUUAGUGGACAACUAUAUCCUAUACUGGGCUCCUUGAGUCCAUGACUCCAACCGAUACAACGUGCCAUCAUUACAAAGCCUUCAUGUCACCUCUAAGUCGAAUUUAGUUUAAAUGAUGUUUUUCUGAAAAUAAUUGUGAUUUGUUUGUUGGUUUCUCGACCACCUAGUCUUUUGAAUGUGCUAUAUAUAAAUGCCUGAGAAGAGCAAAUUACAUACUCAGUGCAGUAUUUGGUAUGUUUCUUAUGGUAUAACUUUCUUGUUUGUAGGCAUGGAGGGAUGUGUCUGAUCUUGCAAAGGACUUCAUUGAUAGCCUGUUAGUACUGGACCCUGCAAAGCGUAUGACAGCAGAGGAUGCAUUAAAGCACCCCUGGAUUAUUGCACCAUCUAGUUUGAAAAACCUUCAGAGGUCUGUUAGCAAAAAUUUGAGGAGUCAUUCCAGGAUACCCAGUGGAAGAUCCACAUGUUCUCAAAAGUCUACUAAAUCCUCCAGAUCCGGACGAUCUUUAGUUUCAAUUAAACGGUCAAAAAACUUGACAGUCCCUCAAGAUGCAGGCCUUAUAUCGGCUCUUUCAGAAGGUCCGGCUCAGGAGGUCAAGCAAGUUGUCAGUAAAAAUUCAGCCAGGAGAGAGUCCAGUGUUAAAUUGACACGUCAGUUGGUUGAGAAAAUAAAUGAACAUUCUGUAAUCAAUGAGGAUGAUGGGGAACUACUUCAAAGUGUCUCUUGUGAGGGCAAAAGUGAACCAGUUGAACAGAGACUCAUUGAAAGUCAGAAUACUGUCAAUAACACAGAACACUGCAGUCAUGGUGAGUGCAAGCCUUGUGAAGUCACUUAUGAUGAGAAAUUCAGAGGCUUGCUAGUGCCAGCUUCAAAGCAAAGGUCAUGUGUUAGUACAAGGAGGGAUAAUUUUCUAGAUCAACAUCGCAGAGUACAUGAUCCUUCUCAUGGCUUUAACUUUCCAUCUAGCUCUCCUGGUAGGAAGCAUUCACUUUCUUCAUCAUCAAGGAAGAACAAAGUAUACUGCAGUUACGAUACAGAUUAGCAGGUAGAUAGAACUCUUCUGGUGAAUCAGUUUUUCUAAUAAUGUAGAGAUAUAUUUGAAAUGUUUGAUAUCAACAGUUGUUCCCUCUAAUUUUUAAUACGAAAAAAGUUUGCUGAUUAUUUAAAUUGGCUGUUAUCACAUUGAGUACCUUUUGGGUACAUGCAAGAUAAUAUUAUUAUCUUGCAUGUACCCAAAGGUGUUUAUACUUUUUGUUUAUACUUUCUGUCAAUCCCCACUGGGUAAUCUAAUGCCAAAAAUUAUUUCAAUUAGGAAAAAAGGAAAAGGACUAUGUAUCUAAAAAUUGAUGCAAAUUUCUAUUAAAUGUCUGCCGCUUGGAUAGUGUGAUAGGUAUAACAUGAUUUUAAAGUGCCCAUAGCCUAAAAAUUUUUAUUUUUUCAAUUGAAAGUACACAUUACUACAAGGACCUCUCCAAAAAAUAUUUGUUUUGAACAAUGUGAUUUUUUAAACAUUUUAAGAAAACGUUCAAAUUUGCCACCAUUUUGGCAAACCUUUUGUUUUAGUUUUUCUCAGUAGCCUCUUGAAAACGAAGGAGCUGUGACAUAGAUUAAUUAACUAUGACAGAAACUAAGGAACACAUGACUUUAGAUACAAGUAAACAAGUUUGGAGUUCUAGAAAUAUUUCUUCCAAUUCACAAACUAUAACAGCUGUUAAAAGGUAAAACAUGCUGCCAGUAUGAUGUAUUUAUUUGCAGUUAGACAGCCCUGUUAAAAUGAGAGAGCAGCCAGCAAUUUUGCUGCUUUCGGUGAAAGAUUUGCUGCCUACAAUACUUAGGUUUAAAAAUGUUAAACAAAAACAAGACAAAUUUAGGUCCUUGCCACCUGCUUCUCUGGUUGUCCUGCCUACUACUGGAAAACAUUUUGACUGGGCUGGUUAAGUGCAACAACACUGGCCACCCAGUGGGAUAAGCAUGCAUAGAAAAUCCCGUUUUCAGUUUUUUUUAUUUUCUAAAUAAACCGCCUCAUUUUGUUCAAAACAAUGUUUUGUUGAAGAAAUUGUUUAAGUAAUGUGUUCUUUUAGGUUGUAUGCAAUUUAAGUGUCUGUGUAACUUCCAGGGUGUUUCUGGUUUUGGCAUCUCAGGUUCCAAAAGGUUUCUUUGCAUCUUGGUAUGUUUUUCAGGAAGAGGCCACCAUAUUUGGUUGUGGUUGAAGAAAAGACCAACCUCUUGAAAUAUGAAUAAACAUAUUGUUUAACUAUAAUUGUGUGAGGAAACAAUAGUAAUGGAUCUUGAAGUGCGAUUGGGCAACAAUCCCCAAUUUUGCAGUCUUCUUAGCCUGAGACUCAGGCAGGACCUUUCUGGAGUAAACUUGCUCAAGUGCACGGAAAAAUACUUUUUGGACAGUUUUCUAUGUGUCAUUGAGACACAGAAAGCUAAAAAUUAAAAAAGGUACAAUAAACUGGUCAUUUUGUUUUUUACUUAAGGGUAAACUAUAUUCUUCCUAGAACCAAUUAUCUUGGCACCUGAGAGUCAGUCACUUUCACUUAAAUGAACUGUACUAAAAGUCUUAGUGAAUUUGCGUUGACAACCCAGUUGACUCUUAAAAUGUAGAAGAAGAGCUUUUAUAGAUCGUUACUGAUUCUUCUGCAUUUUUAUCUUUUAAUCCUAGUGGGGAGUGCAUUGCUUGGAAUUUAUAAGAAUAUGCUAGAUCAAUUUAAGAGAGAAAUAAUAUUACUACGUAAUACAUUUGUUUCUUUUACCCUAACCCAAUAAAUUUACAUAAUAAUGGAUUAAGAAAUAUAUAAAAAUGUAAUCAAAAUAUAUGUAAAACUAAAUUCUGCUUAUCAUUGUUUUGAAAGAAGAACAAUUAACAUCAUGGUAAUAAUUUGUUCAUAUUUCAAUUAAGAAUGUACCAUAAUAGAGAAAACACAUAUUGAAGAGUUGAUGUAUAAAGCAUCUGAUUACAAAUGCCAACAGUCAUAAAUUGGCUAUAAAAUACAUAAUAUAUUUUCUUGUAAUUACCUGUUUGAAAACUGAGAUUUAAUAUUAUUUUAUCAAUAAACUGUAAUAUUAUGGGCCAUCAGCACAUUGCAAGGUGCCGUAAAACUAUAUGAAAUGAAUAUAAAGUAAAAUGUUUCAUUAUUAUAGAUAUAUGAUUUAUCUAGUACAUAUUAUUCAGGUCAAACAAAGGCCUGAAUGCAAUUUACUCUAGUUGGAUGCAAAAUCCAAUAUUAUUUUCUAUUGUGGAUGUAUAAUUUAUUUUGCUAUCAGAGAAAAAAUAUACUUUUAUAUAGAUUUGUAUUAUAAAUUAUUUGAGUUUUGUACCUGAUUGGUUGUAUUUCUCUGUACACCAGAUGCAGAAUUUCAGUCUUGUUUACAUUACUAUUGAUAGUAAACAUGCAAAUGUAGUGGCAAAAAACCAACAUGAGUGUCGUCAUGAUGCUAUUUGCCAGCUUAACUAGAAUACAUGUACAGUAAAUUGGGUGAUCUGUGAUGUAAAUUAACAGAAUUACUAGUCCAAUACUUGUGUGAAAUGGAGUCUGGUUGCAUGUUUAUACUUGGUUGUUUAAGUAGCAUGAUUUGUUUGCUUCCACAACCAAGAUUAAAUGUGUCUUUGUUGGUUUUUAUUGCUACUCUUUUUAUGUGUCUGUUACUAAACUGCUAUUGAAUAGUUGUCUAUAUUACCUGGAGAUUAUAAUUUGUACUAGUAUAUACCAGUUCCUCAAUGAUUUGUUAUACUAUUGUUCAAAAAAGUAAAUUACUGUUUCAAAGCUUUCC